AUGGCAACCCUCCGAUACUUCAACACCUUCAUUGAUGAGGAACCAAGUGGGAACCUCCUUGAAUCUCGUUCCAAGAGCUGGCCACAACUUGGUGGCACGGGACAUGCUACGGAGGAGAUAGAGGAAAUGGAGACGCAAGCUGCCAACCAUGUUGCCGAGUUGCAGGGCAAAUGGAGCACCUUUGGUGAACGGCACCCGAUGUCCCCGAAACCACAGCCGAAUCGCUCGGCCAACAAAGGCAGCCGUGGUCAUCCAGUAGUGUGCCGCCGGCCUUGCAUCCGCUUCGCGAAGGGAGACUGCGAAGUGGGAGAUGCUUGUGGCUAUUGCCACCACCAGCAUCCUCGCUAUGUAACCCCAAACAAAAGCCAGCGGCUUAAGUUGGACUGCAUGGAGACAGGCGAACUUCUGGCGGUGCUCUUGCCAUAUGUUCGUCGUUCUAUUGAAGUGGCCCAGAUUGAAGCUACCAACAUCAUUGAGAUGCUGGAAGGGGAAGUCGGUUCAACGGCUCCCAGUGUGGAUCGCACGCUACAUAGGACCUUGAGACAGAUGCCUCUAUCAGCACUUCUUGGCUUGAUCAUGCCGAGAGAUGAUGUCUUUGGGGCCUUGCUUGAACAAGAGGUCGAAGUGCUGCGCUGCCGCUCGCUUGUUGCGCUGUCUUGUGGCGAGGGCUGCAGGGCUGGACGGCAGUUUGCGCCGCUGAAUGCUCGCUUGUUGCGCUGUGUUGUGGCAGAGCUCGGAUUCUCAAAGAUAUUCGUCUUGGGAUGCGCUGUGCAGCACAUGGGAUUUGCUCGAACAAGAGGUUGA